GGGUAGUCAUGGCGAAGAAGAGCAAGAAGAAGAGCAAGGACGAGGACAAGGGGAACAAGGAAAAGGGGAAGGAGCACAAGGGGGGGAAGGGGGAGAAGGACAAGGGGAAGAAGCACAAGGGCAAGGGCAAGAAGCACAAGGGGAAGGAUGCAUCUGAUGCCGAUGGGCCGACGUCGUCGUCGGACGAACCCGAGUUUAAGGCCAAGAAGUCGUCCAAGGGCAAGAAGAAGUCCAAGGACAAGAAGAAAUCGUCCAAGGACAAGAAGUCAUCCAAGGACAAGGGCAAGAAGAAGCACAAGAAGCACAAGAAGCACAAGGAUACUUCCGAUGCGGACGAGCCGACAUCGUCGUCGGUGGAUCCCGAGUUCAAGUCCAAGAAGUCGUCCAAGGGCAAGAAGUCAUCCAAGGACAAGGGCAAGAAGAAGCACAAGAAGCACAAGGAUACUUCCGAUGCGGACGAGCCAACAUCGUCGUCGGCGGAUCCCGAGUUCAAGUCCAAGAAGUCGUCCAAGGGCAAGAAGUCAUCCAAGGACAAGGGCAAGAAGAAGCACAAGAAGCACAAGAAGCACAAGGAUACUUCCGAUGCGGACGAGCCGACAUCGUCGUCGGUGGAUCCCGAGUUCAAGUCCAAGAAGUCGUCCAAGGGCAAGAAGUCAUCCAAGGACAAGGGCAAGAAGAAGCACAAGAAGCACAAGGAUACUUCCGAUGCGGACGAGCCAACAUCGUCGUCGGCUGAUCCCGAGUUCAAGUCCAAGAAGUCGUCCAAGGGCAAAAAGUCAUCCAAGGACAAGCGCAAGGCCGAGGAAGUGUCUGUGUCGACCGACGACGGUGUUGACGGCGCUGACGCGGCCGAGCGCGCAGCCGCAGUCAAGCGCCGCCGUAAGGAGGCCAAGACCGCAGUGCGUGACACCGAGCCCAUCCCGCCGUUCUAUAUCGAGGCCGUCAAGGUGCCGCGCGGCGCGGUCAAGUCUGAGACGUUCUACCGCAAGGAAGUCGACUCGUUCUACGCACGGCACUCGCUGCAUCCGCAGGGCGUGAACAAGGACAAGAUCGCAAUGCUCGACGGGUUCAUCGCCCGGCUCAACCGCCACCGCGACAAGCUCAUGGUCAAGCUGGAGGCCUUGCUAACCGGCAAGCUCUCGCUCGCCGGCGAGCACUCGCAGGCCGACGAGGCACGCCUCAUCAAAAAGGCCGCGCGCAAGAUCCAGGACGCCGUCCAGCAGGCUGUUGACUACCUCACCUACCUCCGCGCCAAGCGCCGCCUCCUGCUCCCGCGCGCCAUCCUCGAGAUCCACGACCCCAAGUUCCGUAAGAUGCUCAAGCGCAUGGACACCAACCGCGACGGCGCCAUCUCGUUCACUGAGAUGCUGGCGUACUACGACUACGGCCCGCAGACGCCCAACACCGACUUUCGUCGCGCCCUCUCCAUCCAGGCCUUCCGCCGUGUCGACACCCUCGACACCGGCAGGCUCCGUGGCCUCGGUCUCAUCAUGGACUACUACAUCGAGCUCAACAAGCUACUGCUCGCCCGCUCCACCGUCGGCGACCGCCUCGGCCUCGGCUCGGACUCGGACCCCAUCUCCGACUCUACGUCAGAGUCGACCCUCUCCGAGUCUGAUGACUCGGACUCGGACUCGGACUCGUGA